GCGCCCCGGAGAGGGUUCGCGUGGAAACCUUGAGUCUCCGGGAGGAAGGUGGUGGUGUCCUGUGCCCCGGCACAAACAUUCCUGUCCUGGAGGAUGACACUCUGACUCAUGCAGAGGAAAAGAAGAAUUCUGUCGUGAAACACAACAGGAAGACCUCCCGUGCUGCUGUGUGCCAGGAGGACACCUGCAGCACUGCCGCAGGGGUGGAAGUGAGCCACAGGCUGCAUGGAUAGUGCCGGGAGAGCCGCACGGCUGCACGGAGCUGACGCCAAACCCGGGCGCUAUUUCUGGUUUCCGUUCUGCGUUUCUGACACCUGUGGGCGAGCGUCAAGUGCCCAGCGGAGCUCUGCAGCGCUGCACGGAGCUGAGGAGCUGUGGCAGGGCCCGGGAUCACAGUGAAGCGUUCUUGCUGAGCGGCUGGGAUUCUAACCCAGGAACAUGGGCUGCAAAUGCUCUGGAGUUGCCGAGGCAGGAGCUGGCUGCGUGCCAGCGCUUGGAUGAGGACGCAGCGUCCCCUCAGGACUCCCCGGGAGCAGCAGGUACCACGCAGUUAACAAGAACUUAUGCCAUGGUCUGGGAAUAAAUGUGCAGAGUUGUUAAUCCUGAUUUCUGACAUGAAUAUACUGAUUUGAAAUUGAUGCUGCUCUUCUGUCCAUGUGUCCUCCUCGGAUGCUUUCUGUACUCUUUACAGUGAUUCUGCACAAGCAAUUCCUUCCUAAACUCACUUCAGAAACUGCAUCUUGGGCUUUCUACUGCAUUAACUCCCAGAGAAAUAAUUUCCUUUAACAAGACCUUAUUAACUACUGAAAAAAUAUAAUGACUGAGUUCCUGGUUUGUUUUAAUUGGUGCAAUGGUGAACAGCCCCAGACGAAGAGGCGUCGGAGACUGGACAGGAAUAUGAUUGGGGAACCUAUGAACUUUGUACACACUGCACAUGUUGGGGCGAGAGAGAUGAGCAGUGACUUUUCAUCAACUGUAUCAAUUCAGGACCACAUGAAGUCUAAAGGUGGCUACACAAGUGGCACUUCUGCAACUGCUGAGAUAUAGGAAACAGAGAAGGCUGAAAUCUGCUCUGUCUUAUGAGGACCCCCUGGACUGUGCUUUCACAUUCUCUAAAACCUCUUUAUUAUGGAGUAGGGAGAGCACUUGAAGUAUAAAUAGGUCAGUGCAAGCUUUGGUGUUCUUAACACAAUAGCUUCUGAAGGAAUUUUUGUAAUUUAUUGUUAAAAUGGUCUGUCAUGUCAAUGUUAUGGUAGCAACUGUAAUUUAUCACUCUGGGUGACUUCCUAGCUGUGUCCCAAAAACCUCACAAAGCAGAGUUUGGAUGUAGGAGGUUACUGGAAGUCAAUAUGAAUUGUCUGGAGUUUUGGUAUCUGUCUUUUUCUCCUCUGAAGAAACGCAGAGGUUGGUUUCAUUGGAAGAUAUCACAUGUUUGCACUUCCUAUAUGGGCUAAACUGAAUUGCUAAGUAGGACCUUGUAGUCUGUAAUGUAACUUUGGAGUCUGUUUUUUAUAUGGAUUACAACCUAAUGCAUAGAUCUACUGAGAUGUACUUCGGUAUUUUUUAAUUUCUUUUAAUAGUAAGUGAACUCUAAAUGUAAAAUAAUCAAUUGAGUCUGCAAAAUCCAGUGAAACUUUUGCUGUGCUGUGAUAACACUUUUGCAGCUAAAAAUAGAGAUUUUACAAGCAUACCUGCUCUUGAAUGAGGCUUUGAAAACCAGGCAUUUCCCUGUGUGUCUGGGCUGCCUCCCUUCCAUACCUGCACUGCUGUGACUGACAGUAUGAACUAAUAAGAUGUAACAGUUCACUUCAAGUGGUGCUCACAACUGUGUUAAUUCUGUAUGACUGCUCUUGAAUUUUAAACUAAACAUAUUUAGAUCACUCUCUCCAUUUACCCAUCCAUAGCAGUAACUCAGAGUUCCAGCACUUUGUAAAUAUUUAAAUAGCCAUAAAUAUGUAACCAUACCCAAACUAGUUUAUUAUUUUGUUCUUUCAUCUCAUUUUUCUCUUAAGUGAUGUGAGAAAGCUGCUGAAGUAGAGCUAGGUUUUUCUUUUACCUAAUCACUGACAACUGCUCCCUGGCUCAAAAUUCUGAAUGACUACCCGUGCAGAAAUGGGAAAUCUUGCUGUCAUGGGAUUAGCUAAAUACAGGGGUAUAAGUCACUGCCAUAUCAGCACCAGUUAUGCUGGAAGUCAGUGGAACUCUCUCCUUGCUUAGGCAUAAAAUGAGUUUUGAAUUUUUUUCCAUUUUAAGAGAACAUCUAGCUGGCAAAUACUUCAGCUUGUAUGAUUCUGUUUAUGGAUUGUGAUACUUCAUAAAUCCAGACAGAUGGGACUGCUGAAUUGUUAAACUGGCUUACAGAAGGCAGCUCUGUGUUUCUGUAUGCAAUUAAAAAAGAGAAUGAAAAAAACCAACCCCUAUUUCAUCUUCAAGGGCCAAAGAGGAAGAGAGGAUGUUACUUUCUGUAACAGUUAACAGCUGAUCAUAACAUUCUGCAUCCACAAAGGAGAAAUCUAAUAUCCAUUUCUUGAUAGAUCCUUACUCUUGCAUUACUAUGCAUGCCAAAUUUAAAUACAUUUUAAAAUUAGCAUGAGUUGGCUGUACAUUUUGCUUUUUUAAGUCUUUUAUAUAUUUAUGUUCUAAGGGCAGAUUUAUUCCAACAGCUUAGUUAAGAUGCAGAGUUCAAAGAAGCUAAAUCCUGUAAACUGCUGAGGAAGCAUGAAGUGGCCAAGUUGUUGUAAAGAAUAGAUUCUAAAUUAAUCUGCUAUUAAAUCGAUUUCAUACAACCAUUGUUCAUAUCUGCCCAGAAAAAAUUGUGAUAGGGAAGCUGUCAGGUAGAAGGGAACUUGUGUUUUAAUGUUGUAAGAGGGCAGAUUGUGCUGUAUUCAUAACUAGAAAUAAAGGAGUUGGUGAUUGUGUCAGUUCUCUCUAAAAAUAAAUCAACAGACCCAUAUUUAUUAAAAAAUCCUAAUUUUCAUCAUGUUAAUCAAGUUGCACUAUCUGGUGUAAAACUAACCUAUUUUUAUCAGAUUCUAUAGGACCAUGCUAGGGUGUCACAUCAUUAAAAGGAAAUUCAUUGCUAUUGCAUUAAGAGUGCCAUUACUUUGAAAAUCUAAAUAAAUAAAAGUAUGCCUUGGGAGUUAGGGUUUUUCUUGUAUAUUUAGCAGCCUUAUCUAGCUGUAAUCUGUGAUGUAACUCAGUAUAAACCUUUCUUCAUAAUAAUAAUAAAUCUGUUGAACUAAGCACUUGUACUCUUCAUAUUGAUGAAAAUCCUGCUAUUUUCUCUGUUUAACCUGUUGGUUAAGUGGGUGGAUCAGCACAAUUUAAAUUUGUUGCACAAAAUCAUAUUUCUCCACUAGAGAGCACAAUUUUACACCAAUGCUUUUCUCUCUGCUCUGUGCAAGCUAUUACUCCGUUGUGGGGGUUUUUGGUUGAUUGCUUGGUUGUUUUUGAGCUUAACUAGAAAAAAAUACAGCAAAUAAGACCAAAGGAUCAACCUUUUUCAUCUGAGUUGUAGGCUGUAGAAACCUUGUAUCAGCACAAUGUGGUGAUGAAACAUUACAGCUCUGUAUGGCUGAUGGCACUGUAUGGUUUUUUCUUGUAGUUGGAAGUAAAAUAAUUUGCAAGAGAAGCAGGGUCAAGUCUUCUAUAGGUAGGAGUCUGCAGACUUAACACAGUACCCCUCUGCUACCCUAA